GUGAAGUUCCUUCACUGUGGUUUCCACAAAUACCUCUUACGUGGGUACACGUGCGAGCGCGCUCUGACCCUUCGCAGGCCGCAGACAAAUGCCCUGAAGAUGCAAGGGAGUCUCCUGGCUGCGAGAGGGAACAUCAUUCCUAUGCUGACCCGCGCUGUACGCGGUGCCACUGGCGUUGUUCGUCCUGGCUAUGCCGGUGCCGCACCCGUUAAACUCUUGCUGGCGCUAGCUGGCCAUGCGGCUGCAGAUACUUUGGCUGUACGACAGAAGCGACGGAUUUACGAUAUCACGAAUGUCCUGGAAGGCAUCGGGUUGAUCGAGAAGAAAUCCAAGAACAGUAUCCAGUGGAAAGGCGUGGGUCCUGGCUGCAACACACGUGAAAUAGCUCACAAACUUAUCGAGCUGAAAGCAGACAUAGAGGACCUGGAGCAGCGGGAACAGGAGCUGGAGCAGCAGAAGAUGAAGCUGCAGCUUUUCUCCUUAACCUUGGAAACAUUAGCGUAUGUGACCCAUGAAGAUAUCUGCAAGUGCUUCACAGGAGACACCCUCCUUGCGAUUCGAGCCCCAUCAGGCACGCGUUUGGAGGUUCCCAUCCCUGAGGGCCUAAAUGGGCAGAAGAAAUACCAGAUCCAUCUGAAGAGCACAAGUGGUCCCAUUGAUGUUCUCUUAGUAAACAAAGAUGCUUGGAGCUCUCCUCCUGUCGUACUACCUGUCCCUCCCCCUGAAGACCUCAUUCAGUGCCAGGCAGUUGCACCCUCAAAACCGCAGAUACCACCGCUCGCCCACUUCCAGGAGGCAUCCGUUCCCAGCAGCACCCAGCCCUCCACACCGACACCUACCAGCACUCAGGACCAUAGCCCUGCCGCGCAGAAAGCCGCAAGCACAGAAUGCGGUGUCUCAGCGGCAGAGUCCAAGAGCAGCAGCGACUUUGACCCCCUCAGCAACGCGUCCGCAUCGGCUGGCCAGCCUGACGGGUUAGAUACCCAGCCGCUACAAUCCUCUGCCUCGCUGGACAGCAGCUCCGUCCUACCCAGCCCCUCUACCUCCUUCGAGCCGAUCAAGCCUGAUCCCACAGGAAUACUGGAACUUCCCAAAGAGCUGUCAGAGAUGUUUGAUCCAACGAGAGAAUGUAUGAACUCUGAGCUGCUGGAAGAGCUGAUGUCAUCUGAAGUGUUUGCUCCCUUGCUCCGCCUCUCCCCUCCACCUGGAGAUCACGACUACAUCUACAACCUGGAUGAGAGUGAAGGCGUCUGUGACCUCUUUGACGUGCCUGUCCUCAACCUCUGACUUCUCAGUGCGGCUGUGAGCUUCGCAAACACAGACCGUUUUGUAACUCUUUGGAAAGUGUCUAUUUUUGGAUUCCUUUUGUGGUAGAGCUCGAUGAGUGAGCGAUUCAGAGAUGUUCUCAUAUGGACUCAGAACCAAGAGAUGCGGACUUGCAGGCCGGGAGCCUCCCCGUAGCUUCUUCCUCUUCCUCUGUUGCACGUGCAACUCACCCUGCCGCAUCUCUCGCUCCACUGGAUCCUGGGCCUCACUUCAAAGGGUCUGUGUUUUGAGCGUUCCCAGUUCACCCGUAGAGUUUGCCCAUGUGCCUCUCCGAGCUUCCUCAAAUCUGCAUGCCUUGGUUUU